CUCUGCGUCGUACACUGCUCGGACACACCGCAAAAUGAGAUCAAAUGGUACAAUUGCGCUUCUGCUUGUGGCGAUUAGUGCCUACUACGUUUAUUUACCAAUUCCUGGGGAUAUUGAAGAAAAAUGGAAACUAAUGAUAACGGACAGCUUCUUCAGAAGUCUCAGCCACAUGGCUGACCUCAGUGAGCUCCUGGGCCUGAAGGACUACAUGGGGGUGAUGAUGUUCAUCACGGUGCUGGAGAGGGUGGUCCCGGUGACGGACAGGCGGGUGUGGGUGACGGAGGAGGUGUUCGACGGGGUGGACAUGGUGGUCUACCAGCCUGGCCAGCAGGGCGGCGCCAGGGAGCUGCGCAGGGCUGUCGUCUACCUGCACGGAGGAGGGUGGUGCCUGGGCAGCUCCAGAAUGGAACCUUAUGAUCUUCUUGCCAGGAAGAUGGUUGUCGAGCUCAACGCAGUCGUCAUUUCUGUGGAGUACCGGCUGGCCCCAGCGCACCCCUUCCCCGCCCCGUUCGAGGACGUGUACCGGGGGGUGCGGUUCUUCCUCCAGGAGGCGGUGCUGGCCCGGUACUCCGUGGACCCGACCCGGAUCGCCGUGUCGGGGGACAGCGCCGGCGGCAACCUGGCAGCCGCUGUGGCUCAGAAGCUGCAGCAGGAGCCGGGCCAGCAGGUGGCGCUGAAGGCCCAGGCCCUGCUCUACCCGGUGCUGCAGGCCCUGGACCUCGACACCCCGUCCUACCGGCAGAACCAGGACAUGCCCAUCCUGCCGCGCACACUGAUGGUGCGCUUCUGGAGCGAGUACUUCACCAGCGACAAGUCGCUGUUCCGCGCCAUGCUGGCCAACGCGCACAACUCCGCCGCGUCCGCGCCGCUGCUCAAGUUCGUCAACUGGAGCUCGCACCUGCCGGAGAGCUUCCGCGGGCCGUACCGCUACAGCGCGCCCGACGCCGGCCCCGCCCCGCCCUUCGGCGCCAUCGCGGACCCACGGGCGUCGCCCCUGCUGGCGCCGGACGGCGCCCUGCGGCGGCUGCCCAAAGCCUACAUCCUCACGUGCGAGUACGACGUGCUGCGCGACGACGGCGUGAUGUACGCCACGCGCCUCCGCCGCGCGGGCGUCAACGUCACGCACAGCCACUACGCGGCCGGCUUCCACGGCGCCCUCAUGUUCACCGCCUGGCCCGCCGACUUCCGCAUCGCGCACCGCAUGACCGAGGACUACGUCGGCUGGCUGAGAGAGAACCUGUAG